UGUUUCAGGAUCAUGGAGCUAUCAAAAAGGCAUUUUGAAGCAUCCAGCUCUUUUCUCCUUGUUUACAUUGAAGUUGUAAUUCUUCUCUCAUGCUUCAACUUGCAGGAUCUUAACUUGCUUGGUUUAGCAACAGCAAGCCAUGCAGGUAGAGGAAAUGAGACUGAUCAACAAGCUUUACUCCAGUUCAAAGCCAUGAUAACCGGUGAUCAGCUCAGAAUUAUGGAGUCCUGGAAUAGUUCCAUUCACUUCUGUCAGUGGCAUGGUGUUACAUGCAGUCGAAAUCAUCAGAGAGUCACCAAAUUAGAACUGCAAUUCCUCGAGCUCUCGGGAUCUGUAUCGCCAUACAUUGGAAAUUUAACCUUUCUGAGGGAGUUGAAUCUUGCGGGCAACAGCUUCUACAAUCAGAUUCCUCAAGAAAUUGUUAGUUUAAAAAGAUUGGAGAUAUUAGAACUAUCUAAUAACUCCAUCAGUGGUGAAGUCCCUUCCAACUUAUCUGCUUGUUCUAAGCUUAUACGAGUUAAUAUGAGAGGCAACCAGCUAACUGAAGAAAUACCUUCUUUGCUGGGUCAAUUGCCAAACCUGAAAUACUUGAGUUUUCAUAACAACGGUGCUUUCCUUGACGAGGAACGAUUAACUGGUAUUAUACCUGAAGCUCUUGGACAACUGACAUAUCUUCAAUUUUUCGGAGUAGCAACAAAUGCAGUAUCCGGCACUGUUCCAGUCACAAUGCUCAAUAUGUCCAACAUUAGAGUCUUUGAUAUUGGUGGAAACAAGAUCCAAGGUACUCUUCAUUCCGACUUACCAAUCACCAUGCCAUAUGUUGAGAUCUUUUCCAUAAGAGGAAAUCAAAUAUCUGGACAAAUCCCCGUUUCAAUAUCCAAUUUCUCAAAUCUGGAUGUACUUCAAUUAUAUGAUAAUAGACUUACUGGAAAUGUGCCUUCCUUAGAAAAUCUGAAUAAUCUGUCUCGUUUUCUCAUAUCCAUAAACCAUUUGGGACACGGGAGAGAAGGUGACUUGAACUUUCUCAGCACUUUAGUGAAUAAUACCAAACUAGAAUAUCUAUACAUAGGCACAAAUAAUUUCGGAGGGAUACUUCCCGAAUGUAUUAGCAACUUUUCUAGCACCCUUUUACAUUUGGUAAUAGAAGAGAAUAAAAUAUUGGGAAGAAUCUCGGAAGGGAUUGGAAAUCUUGUCAAUUUGGAGCUGAUAAGGACAUCACAAAAUCAACUAUCAAGGCCCAUUCCCUUUAAUAUUGGGAGGCUCCAGAAGUUAAACAUAUUUGUAGCUGAUAGUAAUUCUUUCACAGGGACUAUUCCCCAUUCUAUUGGAAAUUUAACAGUGUUAACCGAACUUGCUUUAGACUUUAACAAACUUCAGGGCAGCAUUCCUUUGAGUAUAGGGAAUUGUCAGAAUUUGCUGGGGAUGAGUCUUUCUCAUAACAAUCUUAGUGGACCGAUACCUCCUCAAGUAUUUGGAAUCCAGUUCAUGUCCAUUAUAUUAGACUUGUCAUCAAAUUAUCUGACUGGUGAGCUUCCUGUUGAAGUAGAAAAUUUGAAAAACUUAGUUGGAUUGGAUGUUUCUCAAAACAGGUUAUCUGGUUUCCUUCCAAACAACCUUGGCAGUUGUGUAAGUCUGGAGAAGCUGUUAUUGGGUGGCAAUUUGUUUGACGGGCCUAUUCCUUCAUCUUUGAGUUCAUUGAGAGGUCUUGUGGCAUUAGACGUAUCUGACAAUAAUCUUUCAGGUGAAGUUCCAGAAUUUCUUGUGAGCUUUGGGGCAUUGAAGUAUUUAAAUCUCUCUUUCAAUGAUUUUGAGGGAGUGAUACCAAGUGCAGGAGUAUUUAAGAAUGCAAGUGCUACGUUUGUUAAGGGAAACAAUAGGCUUUGUGGGGGCAUCCCUGAAUUAAACUUGACAAGAUAUAGUUCAAAAACGUUGAUCAGAAGAUCAAACACUACCGUUAAAAUAGUAAUUGUUGUUGUGAUUAUAGGGGUGACUUUGAUUUUCUCUUGUCUCGCCAUCUUGUGGUUUAGAAAUAAGAAACAACAGCCAACAACAACUUGUGCAGAAAAUUCCCUUUUACAGUUAUCAUACCAAAGCAUCUUAAAGGCUACUGAUGGAUUCUCCGUGUAA